AUGCCCGAUUUCACAGACAAACUCCGCCCCAGUCAGCCAGAUGGGCCAUCAACACUAGCACAAGAGCGAGUACAAUCGAACAUCUCAACAGAAGAGCUAGGAAAGCACCUGCUAUCCUCAGAUGGCUUCAUAGAAAGACAAGCUCGAAUCCUACCAAUACUCCAACAAGAACCCAUCCUCUCAAAAACCAAACAACAAAACCUAUCCCGACCCGAGCGAUUCAAACUAGGACUUGCACGCGCAAAGCUCCUCCGCCGCCUAAGCGACGAGCACAAAUGGAGCCACGACGACUACAAAAUGGCGGAGUACCUAGUCGACGACGUCUCCCCCUACUUCCUUCACAUGGAGAUGUUCAUAACAACAAUCCGGGAACAAGCAAGCGAAGAACAGCGCGCAUACUGGCUACCGCUAAUCGAGUCCUGGAAAAUAAUUGGUGCAUACGCACAGACUGAGCUGGGACAUGGUAGUAAUGUCCGUGGCUUGGAGCUUGAAGCACGGUGGGAUGGCCACACCAAAGAGUUCGUGUUGCAUAGCCCGACUCUUACUGCUAGCAAGUGGUGGAAUGGGAGCUUGGGUCGGGUGGCUAAUCAUGCCAUUGUAGUGGCACAGUUGUUACUACCUGAGCCUGGCUCUGAUCGGUUUGUCUCGCAUGGUCCGCAUCCGUUUAUUGUUCAGGUUAGGGAUAUGAAGACACAUCAGCCACUGGAGGGUAUUGUUGUUGGAGAUAUCGGGCCAAAGUAUGGGUACAUCAGUAUGGACAAUGCAUAUAUGCUAUUCGAUCAUUUCCGAAUCCCACAUUCAGCCCUCCUAUCCCGCUAUUCAAGCAUGAACCCAGAAACAGGCGUCUACACAAAACCAGACCAACCAGCUUUGGUAUAUGGCUCCCUAACCUACGUCCGAGCAAACAUAGUCCACCAUGCCCGCCUCGUCCUCGCGAGAGCGGUAACAAUAGCAAUCCGCUACACAACAGUCCGCCGACAAUUCCAAGACCGAGAUGGUGACAAGCGCGGAUUGGAGAUAUCGGUACUAGACUAUCCAACCGUCCAAAUUCGCAUUCUGCCACUCCUAGCAACUACAUUUGCACUACAUUACACUGGCCUAGCCAUGCGGACAGUAUACCAGACUGCACGAGAGGAUAUUGAGAAAGGGGAUUUCAAUUCGUUAGCUUAUAUGCAUAGCAUGUCCUCCGGAUUGAAGAGUCUUUGUACCAUGCUUGCUGCAGAUGGGAUUGAGACUUGUCGUCGGGCGAUGGGGGGACAUGGAUAUGGCGGUGGGAGUGGGUUGAUUCAGCUUAAUAAUGAUUAUUUGUCAAAGCCCACUGUUGAGGGGGAUAAUUGGAUGAUUACGCAGCAGGUUGCGGGUUAUUUGAUUAAGAAGAUGAGUGCUGCUGUUGAGCAUCAGGAUAGGGCUGGCGAUGAGAUGGACGUUCGGUUUAGGGCGUUUAUUCGGGAGAAGCGCGCUGGAGGGUUGUUGAGGGGGUACGAUGUUUUGAACAAUGAUCGCGACAUUGUGAAAAGCUUUGAGUUGAGGGCUACUGCUUUGGCAUACGAUGCAUACGAGCAGCGAGUUAUCAAAAAGAAGAACUGGAACAGUCUUCUCAUCCAGCUUCACAAAUUAAGUCGGGCACAAUCGCAAUCGAUCAUGGUCACGACCUUCUUCGAAGCUCUUUCAACUGACAAAGCGCUCUCAGCACCGACAAGAAUCACCUUAUGGGAUCUAUAUCGCCUAUUUGCACUAAACACGAUGGAAAACGAAGGCUACGAAUUCUUCCGCUGCAACGCCGUCUCUCAGUCAGAUCUAGACGCUCUGCCAGCUCGAAUCCAAUAUCUGAUGGGCCGGAUCAGACCCCAUGCGGUGAAACUAGUUGAUUCAUGGAUGAUUCCUGACUAUUUGCUUGACAGUGCACUCGGUCGGUAUGAUGGUCGUGUCUAUGAGGACCUGUUCAAUCGGGCUCAUCGGUUAAAUCCUCUGAAUCGGAUUACGUUUAAUCCUAAUUAUUGGGAGGAUGAAAUUGUGAAGGGGAGUGGUGUUGACGGGUCUGAUAUUUUGUCGAAGUUGUAG